CACCCAAUCCGAUGAACGCUGAGCACGUGACCACCAAAAGGCGGGGUUCGAGAUGAUACGCAGCGGAGGGUCACGUGUGGAAGUCUCACGCAAGGCGGCUCGGUAUCGCGGUUUCCUUAAACACGCUGGACAAUUUCGCCCGAUCCGGCCCACAGGUUCUUUUGGAAGUGAGCUUGGCCCCAAUGGCAGCCACUGAGCACAUAACAACCUGCCUUUCUGAGGCAGUGCAUCAUAUGGUUUGUCAGCUCGGCUUCGAAAGGGCAGAUGGUGCAGACCUGGGCCAUGUCGUGACCGUAUCUGGGGAAGUCUGCUGGGAGACAAUUACGAAUACACUAUGCAUGUCAGACACAGAAGAGCAUAAUCUGGAUUAUGUGGAAAGUGUGAGGCAACUGGGACCUGUUUGUAAAUCUGUCCAUUCAUAUCUACUCUCACUCAGUGCAAAGCAGUUCAAAGACCAGUAUGAUGUUUGGUUUAUGUGGACGAACAACUCAGAGUUGUUUAUUGAAGUGUUCAAGGCCAUCAAGAGUUCACAACACACAGCCAUAGCUCUUGGUUUGAUGAAAUUGACAGCAUGCCUGGAACGAGCCUUGGGCAAUGUAUUUCUCAUGAUUGGCAAAGAUUGUCCUUUUCUGCUGAGAGACCUGUUGGCCUCACAAGAGCUGGCUACGGUGUUUGGACAAAAUGUGAUGAAUGUUCUGCGUGUGUUCCUGGGGUCACCUCGAAGUUUAAAUCUCCGCAAUAUCUUGUGGCACGGAUUUGCAGCACCUGGAGAAAUUCCACCCAUGUACACCUCUAUGCUGCUGUUGCUGACAGCUGGUUUAGGGCAGAUACUGCAGACAGAAUCCAUGCCUGUACAUCGAUCUUAUUUCAGGUUGACACAGUUGGAGGAACUUGCUGUAUUUCCUGAUAUUAAUGAGGAAGCUAUUGCUUUGGCCGAAGACUUCAUUGGUAAAUCUAGUUUUGUAGUGGAGAUCAUGCGGCCUUACUGGAGAGAGGCAAUUGAAGCUUACAGAAAUCAAAGGUACGCGGACUGUGUAAUACUACUACUACCUCAGCUGGAAACUGGACUUCGGAAGUUUUUCACAGUAGUUAAUAACUGUCCCAAUAGGCUUCUAACUGCAGAGUCCACAAUGCUUUACACCACGUUUGAUGAAAUGCUGGCGAAAUACCUAGAGAAAGGUGAUACAAAUCAACUUCCAACAGCCCUGGGAGAUCCUAUAGUGGAAAUCCUUUGGGAUCUUUUAAACCAUCAAGAGGGUCCCCGGAUCCGAGACCACUUGAGUCAUGGCGAGCUGGAUUUGAACACGUUUCCUGAGGAAAUGGCCAGUCACGUGGUAGCACUGGCCAUUGUUCUACUACAUUGCUGCUGUAGAAAAGGAAAUGAAAAUGUCAUGGAAAGUGAGUGGUUGAAGGCGAUCAUCAGUUCGAUGGAUUCAUACUGCUCUCGGUUCCAUCCCAUUGGAAGACUUAAAGAGCAGCUUCGACACUGCGUCCGAUGCCUACGAAAAUGGAAUGAGAUUCCCAGACCCUCAGUAGGGCAAGUUUUGGAAGGGCCAGGUGACAGGUCUGAGUACUCAAGCCCAAGAGCUCAAGCUAUUUCUGUCUGCCUUGUGAAGGAACUUGUUCCCUACGUAAUAAAGCGGCUACGGCCAGUCUACGGUGAAGAACUGAAUAUGUCACAGUAUUUGUUAGCUGAGGAGCAACUUCACCUGGUAACUAAACUGCUGGGCAGCUCCAUACGGACUUUGUACUGUCCUCGGACUGUUUUGGAAGUGGUUGCCCUGCUGCGGAAAAUGGUCUCACAGUGCCUGACCGUUUCAGAGCAGGUGACGUGUGGUGCUGUGACUCGCCAGCAACUGUGGUUGAACAAAUCUCUGCGCUCGCGCCAGAGGCAAAAUUAUCUCCGUAUGUUGGGCAGUGUUCAGUAUUUGCACUCCAUCUUCAGUUUAAUCACUCUACUAGUAACUGUGGAACUGCUCAACACAAGGACAAUAAGUGAAAUAGAUUCUUCUGAAUGCCGCGUUUACUUGAAAUUCUUGAAGUCUUUGUUGCAGUACACAGAAAAUAUGGUGACGUACACAAGCCCAGGGAAAAAUAAAUGGGAGGAAACCUGGGACCUGACUGAAAAGAUGCAACAGAAAGUUAAAGAAUUUUAUAACAGAUGGAAUGAUAUCUCUGCAAUGAGUGUGGCUGGGAAUGCUUGGUCUUAAUCCAACAUAUUUAUGUACUUCUUAAAAAAAAACGAAGAAUUUCAAACACAAGCCUGGGAUUCUGCUGAAGGAAUGGACCUUAGCUACAUCUGUGGAUGUGGGUUUACUUGUUACUUCUGUUACUAUAAGAUGAUUGAAUAGUUCCCUAUAAUGUACCUCAUUAUGAUCCUGCACCUAUUGUCUAACUGACUGAACUUUCUUUGUACCUGUUGCACUUUAUUCUGCAUUGUUAUUGUUGUACCUUAUUCUAGUUAAAUGCACUGUGUAAUUGAUUUGUAUAAACAGUAUGCAAGACAAGCUUUCCAGUGUAUCUCAG